ACAUCAAAUCAACGAAUUGCAAGCGUCGCAUUUGGCGCGCGUCCGGCACAGAACAUAAGGCACGUGCUUGUUUCCAAUAAAUUGAUGAAAAAUAUGAACGACGGGCGCUAUGGAAGAUUUGGAGCUCUCAUUGGCGUUGCAUACGUGAGCAGUACCCACUGCCGUUUUCUGAUUUAUUCAACGAAAAACGCCGAGGUGCUGGCUUAUCAUGAACUCAAAUUGCGUCAGAUAGUGCACAAUGCAGGUUGGCUGGAAUAUGAUCCCGCCGAGAUAUGGAAACACAUGCAGGAGUGCAUCGAGACUGCCUAUAAAAAUUUAGUAAUAUUGGAAAUCAGUCCGCAUGACAUCAUUGCGGUGGGCAUUUCAAAUCAACGCGGCACCACUGUGCUUUGGAACAAACAGACGGGACAAGCACUGCACAAUGCUAUCGGUUGGUCUGAUUGUCGUAGCACCCCACUGCUCAAGUCCUUGUUAAACAAUGUCAAGCGCAAUGUGAAUUAUGUGCGUCAUCGCAGCGGGCUGCCUUUAAGCAGUUGUUUUAGCGCCUUGAAGAUCAAGUGGUUACUGGAAAAUGUGCCAUCGGUGGCCAAGGCUGUUGAAGAUGAGCAAUGCAUGUUUGGCACACUGGAUUCCUGGCUUCUAUGGAACUUAACUGGAGGCGUCGAUGUGGGUGUUCACUCAACGGACGUGACGAAUGCGCACUACACCUCUUUAAUGAAUCUUGCCGGACAGCAGUGGGACGCGAAGCUAUGUAAAUUCUUUAAACUGCCAAUGGGAAUACUGCCACGGAUACGUUCCAACUCUGAGAUCUUCGGGUACAUUGUCGAGGGGCCUUUAUUGGGAGUGCCUAUUGCGGGCGUAAUGGGUGAACAGCCAGCUGCCCUGCUGGGCCAAUUGUGUAUCAAGGCUGGUCAGAAUGUCUGUACGCUAGAUGACAGCUGCUUUGUGCUGCUUAAUACGGCUCAACAGAUGAUUGAGUCAGACAAUGGACUGAUCACGGGCAUCGCACAUAAACUGGGUCCCACAGCAGAUACGCAUUUCACGCUCGAAGGUGCCAUUUCCAAUGCUGGUUCGACGGUUAACUGGCUGCGCCAGGGACUUAAAAUUAGUACAGAAAUCAGUUCCAAUGAUAAUGUGGUAGAGUCAUUGAAUACAUUCAUUGGCGAGAACUCUAUGAUUUCCUCGUCCUGUUCCUCAAGCAUGCUAAAUGCGGAGUGUGGGCUUGCGGCGAAGCGCUCGGAGAUUACAUUUGUGCCCGCAUUCCAUGGUCUCUACGCUCCCUACUGGCGCUAUGACGCGCGUGGUAUUAUACUGGGAUUAACCAGCCAAACGACAGCGGAGAACAUCACACAAGCCGCGUAUGAAGCAACUGGAUUUCAAAUCUACGAAGUACUUCAGGCCUUUAAAAAGGAUACGACAAACUGGGAUCCAGCUUGCAUACCUCCCGUUUUGACAUUCGGUGGCGAAUACUCGGAGGACAGUCACCUAGUACAGUUUGUUGCAGAUAUAAUUGGAUGGAUGCUGGAACGUCCACAGACUACAUCACCAGCUGGAUUAGGGGCCAUGAUAGCCGCUGGUGUAACAAUGCGAGUGGUGUCAUUACCUUAUGCGACGCGCAUGUACGCACCUCCAACGGAUGUCUUCUCUCCGACUACAACACAAAAUCGUCGUGAACUGUUGUAUCGGCGCUGGGACUAUGCAGUGAAAAAGUGUCUGCAUUGGAACAAUUAUGAGACUUAUGAAGCGGAUGUGGAGCUAUUUGCCCAACGCGAACGUGAUCCCAAUUUACCUAUACGCCGGUCCAUUCCGGGCAGUAUAUUCCUCACCACAUCCUUUGCGAUGCUGUUGUUGGCCAGUUUUUUCAAGAACAAUCGCUUGACUUAGAUGAGCUGAUGUGUUGUUAGUAUGCUUUUAGGCGCUGACAGAUUAAUUCAGCGUCCGACAAUAUGAAAUCUAGUCACAAGAAUUAUGUGAAUUAUGCGCAUUCAAAAUUUAUUGUUUAGAUUAGCAUGUAAUUUCUUUAUUUCCUUCCCAGUUAUUCCUUAUAAUUUGUCCCUAACGUUAGAAUAUGAAAAACAAAAAAGUUUUGUGAUUAGUAUAUACAAGCUAUAUACAUAACUAACUAUAGUUUUAGGCAUGUCAUAUUCUCAGAACGUUUAAAAUUUAUUGCAAAUUUAUCAUUUUGCUCAAUUUAGUUGUAAUCUGUAUUUUUAGGCUUCUAUUUAUUCAACUUAUUUCUUUUAACGAAAAGACAAUUGUUAAAGCUGUGGAUAUAUCUACAUAUAUAAUAAGCUAAAGUAGGACCAGCUUCCAAAACAAUAUAUUACUACUAUUCACUGUUAAUAUGAAUAUGCCACAACCAAAGGAUUAAAAAAUUGUAAAUGAGAAAAUGUGCAGUUCAUUGUUUCUUU